UCAGCUCCAUUCCCACGCCUCUCUGAGGAGUUUCCCCACUUCUGCUCGUAACCCCCGGAACCCCAAGGGCGAUCCAUGGCGGCGGCGGGUUGGCUCCGGCGUGCGGCAGCCGUGGCGGUGCCUCGCCUGCCUUCCGGACUUCCCCUCGUACCGCCUCCUCCUCCCGCCCCUCUCACCGAGGCGCAGUCGCUCGUGGUCCCCGGCCUCGGCGCCGCCGUGGGACCUUCCAUGGAGCUCAUGGCCGUUCCCAAGAAGAAGGUCUCCAAAUACAAGAAGGGCUUGAGGAACGGACCCAAAGCCUUGAAGCCUGUGCCAGUGAUUGUCCGUUGCAGGUGCUGUGGCCGAGUGAAGCUGCCUCACUUCUACUGCUGCAGCGGAGAAAGAGGAAACCCCAGCGAAUCAAGCUCAUAAGUGUUUGGUUUUGCCUACUUCAGUUUGUGCGCCAAGCUAGUGACCUCUGAAAAUGCAAUACCACCAACCAAAGUUCUCACAUCUCGUUUAAUUAUGGUACAAUUACUCUAGUCUGAAUUUCAUAGUAUCAUUUCAAACUUGUCUCUGCUCUUGGCAAGGGUGGACACGUUAUUGUAUUACUGACGGUGUCUUGUAGUAGGACCAUUGUGUCAAGCUACUAUCAGUUUGGCGCUUCUUUUUCCCUGAGGAUUUGUUUGCCUUAUGAUGUAAUCGUCAGAAAGUGAAAAAGGUACUGCCAAUAAUUCACCAUUUCAGAGGGAUCUAGAGGUGAAUAUCCUGGCUUGGAGCUUGGGGAGAUAUUACUUGCGUUCCUAGUGUGGAAGGAUAAUCAAUCAGCGUUGCAGCA